CGAAUUACGACUUUACUACGAGGACUGAAUUGCAAAUUUUCCGGUUGGUUGCCGCCAAGGCACAGUGGUUUCCGGUUAGUUACUAUCAAAGGGGGCAGCUGCGUCUUUCAAGCGGAGCUCACUUCCUUCUUCUCUUCUCUCCGCAGUCCGUCUUCUCCUCGACCCGACUGUAACUGCACCGUGACGGAGCUCCAACACCCCUGCAGCUGCCGCAGCACCGUCACUCCCCGUCUCUCUGUCGGUCGCUUUGCGAUUCAAAAUCGCCGUCUCGUGCUCGUGCAGUGAGUCUAUGGAGUAAUGCAGCGUAGAUGUUCAUCGAAUUGUCUGAGACAGAGGGGCGAUCUUAAUAUUAUAGUGGUCUAGCCUGAUUAGUGUUCAACCAUUUAUCGUGUUGAUCGCGUCGCGUCGCUUUGAUGUUCUGUUCAGUUCCUGGUUUUCCUCGUUGUAUGGAAAUGCUUUGUCUCAAGGACAUAGCACCCGCAGCGCAGAACAAUAUAAACACGCAGUUUAUACUCUUGGACAAAGGCAGGGCGAACCUAGAAGGCGGCCAAACCAAGACGUGCCUGGCCCUCGUGGCCGAUGAGACUGCCGCGGUCCACUUCCAGUUCUGGGGUGAUGAAUGCGAUGCCUUCAAGCCCGGAGACAUCAUCCGCUUGUCCAACGGGAUCUUCUCCUACAACCGGAACAGUCUUGUCCUCAGGGCCGGCAAGAAGGGGAGCAUAGAGAAGGUGGGAGAGUUCACCAUGGCUUAUGUGGAGACACCCAACAUGAGCGAGAUCAAAUGGGUCCCCGACCCGAACAAUUCUCGUACGUAUGUCCAAGAAGCCGUUAUCUCUGCUUACUCGCGUGUUUUCCCUCCAGUGCUGUGACCGAGUCGUGAUGUUUCUGUGCUGUGUAUGUAUGUAAAAAAUUCACUUUGUGCAAUUGAUCCCUCCUGAGAAACCAUCGCCUUGUAUCGUGCUUUCUUUCUCAUCAUCUCAUGCCGCGUUGGCGCAAUGAAAUCACUAUCUUCAUGGUCAAA